AUGGCCGAUUGUCAUGUCCGGGCCAGAUUCGCGGCCACGAAACGCGUGUCCGUGACCAAUCCCAUCAAAAAGAGGAAGAACAACCGACGUGGUCGUCGAGGUGGCAAAGCGAAGAAAGCGCAGAAAGCAAAGGAAGGCAGGGAAGCGAAGGAAGCGAAGAAAGUCUCCCGUGGCACUCAGUCAGACUUGGACACUGCGUCUGGUACCUCCGCCUCGGGCACUGCCCCAUCCUUGACCUUCAUUGGCGAGGUUCUUACCCAGGAGGAAGCUGAAUUCCUAGAUUUCUGCCUUCGGCAGUUCCGAGCGCCUCGGUAA